AUGGUCGUCGGUAGUGGAAAACUCAGCGGCCCAACGUGUCUCUCGGCCAAGGAAGUCGCCACUGUCGGCAGCAGCGCGAAGCCCCUCCUGCGGCCACCGUCGCGCGCCCACCUCGCCUUCUAUAGCCCGACGAAAAUCACCGUCAAGGUCUCCGCUCAACCCUCCGCCUGCAGCAGUUCGCCAGAAAUUGCCUUCUUUGGAAAUCGCCACCUCGGGCUACGUGAUUGGCCCGAAAUGGGUAGUCAAAACCCUCCUCAUGCUGCUGUUGACUGCGAAAUCGUACAUCCUUUAGAGUUUUUUUGUCGUCGCGCUCGCCACCAUGUCCGAAACAACCUCCAGACCGCCGUUGCUCGCGAGCUCUGGGCUGACCUAGGUUGUUAUCAUCCCCCCGCCAAGGUCUCUCGUCUUCUCCUCCUCGCGACUGAUCGUUUCGACUUGUUUUGUGCCCUAAUUUUCCUCCUCCAUUUGGGACUGCUAAAGCUCUUAGUUGAGGCCAUGAAUACUGCUCCUGAAAAUGAUCGAAUUAGGAGAGAAUCUCCACAGCUGGCUGCUCUGUUGAAGGAAAUGAAGAGCGGUUUGGAUACAGUUAGGAUUAAAAUCCAGGCUUUAACUGCGAAAGUGAAAGCUGAUAAUUUCCCUACAUCAGAUGGGAUAAGCUAUCUUGAAGCCAAACACUUGCUGCUUCUGAAUUAUUGCCAGUCACUUGUCUAUCUUCUGCUACGCAAGGCAAAAGGAUUAUCAAUUCAGCAGCAUCCAGUUGUUAAGAGUCUUGUUGAGACAAGAUUAUUCUUAGAGAAGAUUCGUCCUAUUGAUCGGAAACUCCAAUAUCAAAUUCAAAAGCUGACAAGAUCCACGAUGACAGUUGAGAAACCAGGCUUGAAUGAGAAGGUAGCAGAUGAAACUCCGAAUGCUGAGGACACGUUAAGACUUCGCCCGAAUCCUGACUUGCUUGUUAGCAAAACAAAUACAGUGGUAAUCACAAAAGGUGAUAGUGUAUAUCAACCCCCGAAAUUCGCACCGUCUUCUAUGGAUGAAGAUAAGAUUUCGAGACAGGAGAAAAAUGCUAGGAGAAGAGAGGAAGAAAUUAUACGACAAUCAAGUAAGAGUGCUUAUGUUCGGGAGCUAAUGAAUGAUCUUGAGGGAAGACCUGAAGAGGUCAGAGAAAAUCUAGGAUCUGACAGUAGAGAAGUUAUGAAUGCUAUUGCAAAGAUGGAGGAUCGUGCACGUCGAGAAGAGGAACUUUUCACCCGAGCUCCACUCACUAAAGUUGAGAGAAAGAAGAUUAAACAUUUAAAGAAAUCUAGAAAUGGGUUGCUUGGUCUGACUGAAAGUUUAUAUGACGAGAUUAAGACUUUACCGUUGGAGGGUGACAUGGCAGAGCAACCUACAACCAGCUUUAGCAAUGCAGAUAGAAAAUUUAAGAAGCGCAAGCGAAAACACUAA